CAGAAAUCCUUCCAAGUGUCACUUGUCAAGCAGAUGGCCAGCAAGCGGAUCGGGCCAGGUUCGGCUGCGCUCGUCGUGGCUGCGGCUGGCAUCGUAGGACUUGCGGCAUUCCUGGCGCUAAAGUUCUUGGACCAAUCACCCAAGACCAACAAGGACGACAACAGUCGCUCGCUCAGCAGCCCCACAACCUCUCCGAAACAUGCCACGUCCAAGGCGGUAGCGCUUUCACCCAAAGCGAAAGCUCCGUCGCCGCUGCCAUCACCGAAAGCCAAGAUUCCUUCGCCUCCACCGUCGCCAAAGCAAGUGCCGGUCACCAAAGCGAAAGCUCCGUCGCCGCUGCCAUCACCGAAAGCUAAGAUUCCUUCGCCUCCACCGUCGCCCAAGCAAGCGGCGGUGGCCAUUGAAUCCGCGUACCUUGCCCACAAAUCCUCGCCUCCAGCAUCGCCAAAACGGCUCCCUGCCAAGCAACCUGCGUCGCCAGUGUCAUCCCCCGCGCAAACUCGCAAGUCCAGCACACCCCCGACACUCGACACUCAAGCAGAGGCCGUGGGCGUGAUUGAAGCAGCCUACAUUGCGCACAAGACAUCGCCAACGCACUCGCCCGCUCCGUCACCUAAAAAGCCAACACCGACGUCGUCCCCGAAGAAGCAGCCCACGCCGCCCGUGUCAUCGCCAGUCCAGAUCAACCGCAAGGGCUCACCGCAACCGGAUAGCGAUCAAGUCGAAGCCGCCAGUGUCAUUGAAGCCGCGUACAUCGCUCACAAGUCGUCCCCAAAGGCGUCUCCUAAGAGCGUCACGCCAGUUGUUUCGUCGCCUAAACCAUCCACGACAGUUAUUUCGUCACCCAAAAAGAUUGCUCGAAAGGGCAGUUUGCCGCCCACUUCCCCGUCCAUUGAAGACGUGGAGGCGGCUCAAGUGAUUGAGAGUGACGAAGCGUCGUCUUCGAAAGCGUUGACGAUUGUCACCGACGAUGACGAAGACACGAAUGCGGCGUUGCAGACCAGUGUGACCAGUGACGGGUACGUAGACCUGGAGCCAUCAGACAACCUCGUGACGGACGUCCAAAACGACGAAGCAGCUCCUGCCGCCAGCCCUGACGCGAGCAAGAAGAACAAGAAGAAGAAUAAGAAGAAGGGCAAGAAGUAGGAAUCAUGAAGUAUGCUUUUAAUAUCGAUCGUCUUUGAUGAGAUCCAAAAA